GCCCCCCCGCUGCGAUGGCUGUGGCUACACUCGCGGCAGUAUUGGCUGCACUAGGCGGGGCCCUGUGGCUGGCGGCCCGGCGGUUCAGCGUACAGCGGCUGCCCGGAGGCGGGGACUCCGGCCUCAUGCACGGAAAGACCGUGCUGAUCACGGGGGCAAACAGUGGCUUGGGCCGAGCCACGGCCGCCGAGCUGCUGCGCUUGGGGGCGCGGGUGAUCAUGGGCUGCCGGGACCGCGUGCGCGCCGAGGAGGUGGCGGGUCAGCUCCGCCGCGAGCUCCUCCAGGCCGGCGGCCGCGAGCCAGGCCCCAGUGCCGGUGGGGCUGGCGAGCUCGUCGUCAGGGAGUUGGACCUCGCCUCCCUGCGCUCGGUGCGGGCCUUCUGUCAGGAGAUGCUCCAGGAAGAGCCUAGAUUGGACGUCUUGAUCAAUAAUGCAGGGAUCUUCCAGUGCCCUUACAUGAAGACUGAAGAUGGAUUUGAGAUGCAGUUUGGAGUGAACCAUCUGGGGCACUUCCUACUCACCAGUCUUCUCCUUGGACUCCUCAAAAGUUCAGCACCCAGCAGGAUUGUGGUCGUUUCUUCCAAACUCUAUAAAUAUGGAGAUAUCAACUUUGAAGACUUAAACAGUGAACAAAGCUACAGUAAAAGUUUUUGUUACAGUCGGAGCAAACUGGCUAACAUUCUUUUUACCAGAGAACUAGCCCGCCGCUUGGAAGGCACAAACGUCACUGUCAAUGUAUUACACCCUGGUAUUGUGCGAACUAAUCUAGGGAGGCACAUCCACAUUCCUCUGUUGGUCAAACCACUUUUCAAUUUGGUGUCAUGGGCCUUCUUCAAAACUCCAGCAGAAGGUGCCCAGACUUCAAUUUAUUUAGCCUCAUCACCAGAGGUAGAAGGUAUGUCAGGGAAGUACUUUGGCGACUGUAAAGAGGAAGAACUAUUGCCCAAAGCUAUGGAUGAGUCUGUUGCAAGAAAACUCUGGGAUAUCAGUGAAGUAAUGGUCGGCAUAUUAAAAUAGGAACAUGGAGUGAAAGAGCUGUUUGUAAAACUGGAUGACAGUUACAUCUGUGGUCAGGAAUGGUGUGGCUUGUGUGACUUGCUACUUGAAAACAAUUUUGGUUUUACAGUACAUGCUAUGAAGUCCAUAUGGAGAUUUUGAAGUGACUAAAAACAAAAUUUCCGAAAAGAUGUUUUAAAUAUAUAUAUUAAGCAUAUUGAAUAAUUAUAAUGAACAAUUAAAAUUGAACAAGUAUGGAUUACCAAUGUUAAAGAAUUCAGUGAUUUAAAAUAGGCACCUUGAGAAGGUUUUCAAAUAUCUUAGAGUUUCAUGGCCAAAGCGUUCAAUAUAUUUAUUACAAUACUGGCUUCUAUAUGAUAAUAUGCCUGUUGUGUGUGCACAAUUCUUGGAAUAAAUUUACUGAUGCAAGUUAAGUUUCACUGAAA